CAUACUAGCGCAACAGAAAGCCCCCCCACCCCCCAUUGGCGAGCAAUAUUGGAAUUGGUGGAGAGGUGGAAUAUUGCGUUGGUGACCAGGCCUCCCGUGUGAUGCUGGGACCCAACGGGUCCCACUUAGUCUAGUACUUGAUAUAUUUAAUGCUUGGCCUCCACUGUGUUCUGUGGCAGACAAUUCCAUUAGUUCACCACUCCCCAGGAGAAGAAAUGCCCCCUUAACAAGAGCCAACCGAGGUCCAUCCCUAAAGGACAAGAUCUAUCUAUCUUUCCCAUGCUCCUUCCCAAACAUUAACAGAAUCAUUGAGUUCAUUUUUAUGUUGAGUUGCUUAAACUUGCACUCAGGCCUCUGAGUGGUAAUGCUUUGGCAAUCCCACUGGGCCCCAGCAGCCUGGUGAGAAAUUUAAUUGGCUUCAAAAUCCAAUUGUUUGUUUAUAUGAUUGAACGAUUAGAAUAAAUUAUAUUCCUAUCCUGAUCAUAGUCCUGCUGAUCUCUCCCUUGUUAACACUCCAUUUCAACUUAACAUGCAUUUUUGAAGUUUGCAGAACACAAAACACAAAUUGCAAUGUUAGUAACGGAUUGCAUUUUUCUUUGUUUCUUUCUCUCAAUCUUUGUGUUAGGAAACAAUUCUUCAUUAAUGUCACACUUGCACAGCUGGUAGAGUUGCUGCCUCAUGGUGCCAGGGACCCGGGUUAGUUUCUGACCUUGGAAGCUGUCUGUGUGGAGUUUGCAUGUUCCAUGUGUGUUUCCUCUGGGUCAUCCGAUUUCCUUCCACAACCCCCAAAACGUGCAGGCUUCUAGGAUAAUUGGCCCCUAUGAAGUUGCGCCUAAUAUGUAGGGAGUGGAUGAGAAAGUGAUAUAGCAUACAACUAGUGUGAAUGAGCGAUCGAUGGUAGGUGUGGACUCGGUGGGCCGAGGGCGCUUUUUCCUUACUGUAUUUCUAAAGUAAACAAAAUUUUACCUGAAUCAGACUUUAGAAAAUUGACCUUUUUGCUUGUCUUCAGAAUGUUGGAAAGCUUGGCAGAAGUUACUUUAACCUUAAGGAAAAUAUCCCAUCACUACAGAUGAUGAACACAUAAUGUGAAACUAGGUCCCGGUCAGAUUGCUUUAGCAAAGCAGCUCUGGGCAAAAACAUUACAAUAAAACUCAAUGUAUUUUACUCACAAAGUAAAAUUUAGUAUUAAAAGAAAAGUAGCUAAUUUGAUACAUUUUAUUAACCAAUUGUGAAACACGGGAUUAGUUUUUAUAUUGUUUGAAUUGUUAUUUUAGACAUAUAAAAUUCCAGUUACCAAGGGAAACAGACAGUCAUGAAGUUUGAAUGAUUAAUCCAUGUCAUAGUGUUCUGCAGUAGUUAAAACUGCACAUUUUAACCAUGGCUCAAAGCUGUGGAAUUCACUCCCUGAACUUCCCCAGCUGUCUCUGCCCUCCCCCAUGACUCAUUCAAAUCUGUCUCCCGACCUCCUUGGUCACUUGACCUAAUAUCUCCUGGCAAAAAAAUGUUGUCUGAUAACACUCCUCUAAAGUAUACGUGGGUAUAUUUUAUAAGCGGUGCAGGCUCGAAGGGCCAAAUGGCCUCCUCCUGCACCUAUUUUCUAUGUUUCUAGCUAUGUUUUACCAGAUCAUUGUGAUAUAUAAAUGCAAAUAGAUGGCGUUGCCAAAGUGAGCCACUUGGUAGUUUGCCCCGGUGGACAUCAUAGUAAUUCUCCAAUCCUUCCCUCAACCCCAAGGGCCAAUGAAUGAAAGCCAGUGCAGCCUCGGAGUAAUUUCUGAUUUGGGAAGCGUUGUCUGAAAAUUGGUUCAGUGCUACUGUGGCGCCCCAAGCUAGGGCCCAGGGCUCACGGCUGCUGUCUAUGGGUCAUAGGCUGGAGCGGCUUCCUUCACGUAGUGUAUGACAGGUCAGCCUUACUGGAGGAAGUGUCUGUUCGAGCAGACUCCAGUGGAGCUAGUGGCCGCCUGGCACGGUGGCUGAGCCCAUGCCGUCUCAGUCGCAAGGCAGUGCCAUCCGCUGCACACUGGUAAAUUGCACUUGUGAAUGCUUCCAGCCAGGCAAGAUCAACCUGCGGACCUGUGACCAGUGCAAACAUGGUUGGGUGGCACAUGCGUUGGAUAAGCUCAGCACCCAGCAUCUCUACCACCCAACUCAGGUGGAGAUUGUGCAAUCAAACGUGGUAUUUGACAUCAGCAGCCUGAUGCUGUACGGGACUCAGGCUGUGCCAGUGCGCCUCAAGAUCCUCCUCGAUCGUCUCUUCAGCGUCCUCAAACAAGAGGAAGUGCUCCAGAUCCUGCACGGCCUUGGCUGGACUCUCCGAGACUAUGUCCGUGGUUACAUCCUUCAGGAUGCUGCAGGCAAGGUGCUGGACCGUUGGGCAAUCAUGUCCCGGGAAGAGGAGAUCAUUACCCUCCAGCAGUUCCUGAGAUUCGGAGAAACCAAAUCCAUUGUGGAGCUGAUGGCCAUCCAGGAGAAGGAAGGGCAGGCUGUGGCAGUGGCGACUUCCAAAGCAGACUCCGAUAUCAGGACUUUCAUAGAAGGCAACAAUCGGACACGGAGCCCCAGCCUCCAAGCUCAUCUCGAAAAUAGCAACCCGUCCAGUGUUCACCAUUUUGAAAACAUCCCCAACAGCCUGGCCUUCCUCCUUCCGUUCCAGUACAUAAACCCUGUGUCUGCUCCCCUACUUGGUCUCCCUCCCAAUGGAGUCAUGCUUGAACAACCAAGCCUGAGGCUGAGGGAAACUAACCUUCCCCUGCAGAAUGAGCAUGUGGAGAGCAGCGAGUCUGAAGUCUCCAUUUCUCCUUUUCGAAGCGACCAGUCGGGCAGCAGGAAUGCGCUCAGCAGCAUCAUCAACAUUGAACCCAAGAAUGAGCAGAAGAGCAUGUCCCCGAUUCACACUCCAUCUCCUGCAAAUGACCCGGUCAAAUCCGACCACUCCAAAGCCAGCAUUCUGAAUGCAAAGAUCCAGAGGAUGCGAAGGAACGGGUUGUCCCCAAGGAAGGGCCGAGUGGUCUGCAAUGCGUGUGGGAAGACCUUCUAUGAUAAAGGCACGCUCAAGAUCCACUACAAUGCUGUGCACCUGAAGAUCAAGCACAGGUGUACCAUUGAAGGCUGCAACAUGGUCUUCAGUUCCCUUCGGAGCCGUAAUCGACACAGUGCCAACCCCAACCCCCGCCUGCACAUGCCAAUGCUGAGGAACAACCGAGACAAGGACCUCAUUCGAGCCACAUCUGGAGCUGCCACUCCCGUCAUAUCCAGCAUCAAGUCAAAUUUGAGCCUUUCGUCUCCCGGACGGCCGUCCCUGGGCUUCAGCUCAUCCUCAGUGGAUUCAGUUCUACAAAGCCCGCUGGUGUUUCCCUCGCUAAAAACAGUGCAGCCUGUCCCUCCAUUUUACCGGAGCCUGCUGACCUCUGGUGACAUGGUAUGCCCGCCAAACUCACUCCCGACCAGCCCCAUCAUGCCAGUGAUAGGCAGCCUCGAGCAGCCUUGCGGCCUUGAGCAGCUUCCGCCCGCUGUCCAGGAGCUCGCAGCUGAACUCGCCCCCAAGAAAAAGUCUCGCAAAUCAAGCAUGCCCGUGAAGAUCGAAAAAGAGGUGAUCGGCACCGCCGAUGAGUUUGACGAAGAUGAUCAGGUCAACGAGAAUCAUGUGAACAGUGACAUCCAUGAUGAGGAAAUGAGCAAUGGCAAUGGUCACAAGAGUAUAAGCCCUGCCAUGCACAUGCAUGUCAGCAGCAACGCAGAUGAUGAGAGAAGUCUCGGGGGCUUCGAGGAUAAAAAGAUGGGGAGCAUCACUUCCGAGGAUCAUGAGCAGGACCGCGAUUUUGAGGAUGAGUCUGAAGGCUCAGAGUCCAAAAUGUGCGAUGAUGUUACGGAAAAUGAGGAGCAGACACACAGAGACAUUUUUGAUAAGGACGAAAUGUCAGACGGCAAGAACGAGGACAAAGACUGUGUCUCCCCCCUCCCCCAAUCCAUUAAAAUAAAGGAGGAGUUCUGUGACCCAACCUAUGACAUGUUCUAUAGCAUCAGCCAGUAUGGCUUGUAUAACGGAGGAGCUGGGAGUAUGGCUGCCCUCCAGGAAGGCUUUGCAUCUUCCAUGGGAUAUGGCAGCCCCCAGAAAUACUCACCAGAGAGUGAACUGUGCUCCAGCCCAGAUCCCAAGAUCUGUUACGUCUGCAAGAAGAGCUUUAAAAGCUCCUACAGUGUGAAGUUACACUACAAGAAUGUUCACCUGAAGGAGAUGCAUGUUUGCACAGUGGAAGGUUGCAAUGCAGCGUUCCCAUCUCGCAGAAGCAGAGACAGGCAUCUCAUACACAGAAUACCGCACAGACACAGUGCCAACAUUAAUCUUCAUCGUAAGCUACUAACCAAGGAACUGGAUGAAAUGGGGAUGGAUCCAGCACCACCGCUAGCCAAGGACCUCCGUGAGGAAUUUUUGGCCAAGAUCUAUGGUGGGCACCAUGGAAUUGGGCUGGAUAUGAGGGAUGAAGCCAGUUCACCAGCAGGGACAGAAGAUUCCCACAUCAAUGGCUACACAAGGGUCACACCAGAUGAUUACAUGGUGCUCGACCUCAGCACCACUUCUAGCAUCCAAUCCGGCAGCAGUAUCCACUCGUCACGGGAAUCAGAGGUGGGAAGUGAUGAAGGGAUCCUGCUGGAUGAGAUGGAUGGGGCCAGCGAUAGUGGUGAAUCUGCCCACAGAGCAGAGGUUCAGUCCCAGGCUGCUGGUUCCAGUCAUGAAGCCUUAGAGGCCUCCAUAUUGCAAGCAGCAUCAACCAGCAAUGGGGGAAUUAUGUGUAUUAUCUGCCACAAAAUGUACAGCAACAAGGGGACGCUGAGGGUUCAUUACAAGACAGUCCAUCUCCGUGAAAUGCACAAGUGCAAGGUUCCUGGUUGCAACAUGAUGUUCUCUUCCCUGCGGAGCCGGAACAGACACAGCCAGAACCCUAAUCUACACAAGAACAUUCCCUAUGCCUCCAUUGACUGAUGCACCGUUCUACACCAGGUGACCUGAUCUGCUGAGCCUUUUUAACAUCAGGUGCUUUCUUCGCUGAUUUGCCCUCUGACCUGGGGUUCAGACUCAAGGAGCAAUUGUUUGGAGCUCAGUAGAUGAAACCCUAGGUCAAGUUGAAAUGCAUCAUGUUCAUUCAUCUCCAAAGAGACAGUAUCCACUAUCUGUGACUGUUGCCUGCAGAAAAAAAAGUACCUUCUUGUUGUCUUUGUGAACUUAGCUACUUGUCAGCUUUUGACAGAAACUUUGAUUGAGCAUGGCAGCUUCUUUUGUACAAACUUUGCCCUUGAAAGGCCAAUGAUGUCAAUUGAUUCUACUGUCAUCCUGAUAAGCCAAGGCCCUCUUUCUGUCACAUUUCUAAUUUGUGAAAUAGUCUUCUAAAGUCAUAAAUAUGGAAUUUAGAAACAAAAUUAAUAUCCUCUUUUAACUGUCUGAUUUGGGAUCAAUGUAUCUUGUAUCCGUACAGAUUUCUGGCAUUUGAUGCCUUGUGAUUUUCUUUUGUAACAGGGCGCAACCUUGAAAUUUGAGCCAGACCAUUCAAGGCUGAUAUCAGGAAACUCUUCCUGAAAAAGCAGGGAAUGGACAUUGCAAACGUUCAACCCCAGAAGGCUGCUGAGCCUGGGGCUGAACACAUAUUUUAAAACUGAGAUUAAUAACCACGGUGGAUGCAUGGAGUUAAGAUACAGAUCGGUUAUGAUCUAACUGAGUAGGGAAACAGACUCAAAGUGCCAAAUGGCUUUCUCCUCUUCCAUUGUUCCAAAACGAUAAACUCAUCCAAAAAAAUGCUUCUCGUUAUAAAAUGCAAAAACUGAUAUCAUCAUUCUCUGCACUUAAUAAUUUUUUGUUCAGUUUCUCCAGCUACACUGUGAUUUUAUUCCAUAAAAUGCAAGUGUAUUCCACAACAGGUCCUCCGCAGGAUGUGGGAACAUUCUUCCCAUAAUCUCUUGCAGCCUGGAAUAUAAUUAAUUCUUUGCCCUUGUCCAAUUCUUCACCCCCCGCCCAAUACCACCCACCCCACAAAUUCCCUAAUUGUCUGGGGCUCCAAGCUCAGAACAUUUCUCCACAAGUCGUUUUCCCUCUCAUUCCUUCUGUAAGAAGUUGUUCAAAACCCACCACCCUGACAUCGACUCACCAGAUGUGUCUCAAAUCUUUGUCUUCACAGCCACCUGUGAAGUAUAUUGUGAUAUUUUACAAUGUUACAUUGACAUGUUUGCACAGUCCAAAGGACAAAAUUAAGAAUAAUUUGCAUCCAGUUUUCAGAUAAAACUAUUUUCCAAUGUUCUGAUGAAUAAAUGCCCGAGAGGCAGAGAAUCCCCCUGCGGCCAAUUGCUUACAUGGCUGUUUAAGAAUAAAUACACCUUUCUGUUCAAGCCUGUGCUUUCCACCUCUUCUAGACAGAAUGUUGAUGGUCUUUUUCUCUACUGAAGGAAAAGCUGAGACUGGCAAUCGGAAUGACAUGGUACUUUCACACUUCCAUGUCAGUAUGGAAGGCUAGGACAGAUUUGUGUGAGGAUGUGAGGUCCAUUGCAUUCUUUUGAUACACCACAAAAUCUUUGUUCAAUUUAUAGCAUGCACAUGAUACAUAAAGAGUCAUUAACUCGUGCCGAUCAGUACGAGCUGCCUGUUCAUCAAUUUAUGAGGAUUUGCUCAAUUUGACUGAUCAAUGCCAUAUGUAAAGAUUUUAUCUAAAAUGGAGCAAAGCCGAAAACCUAAUGACCAAAUGUAUCUGUGCCCAAAAUUCUAAUAAUUGCCAACGACAAGGUAAGUUGGCUGUUAGAGCUCUGGAUUAUGGCUGUUCUCAUGUCAAAAAAAAAUCCUCUUAAACUACAGUCUAUCCAUUCUGUUUCAAAAAGAAAUGAGACUUUCAAGAAAACAAUCCAAAAUUGACCAUUGAACAUUUUAACUGCAAACAUGGGAUAUUCUGAAUAAUUACUCAAAUUCUCCCUAAUAAUGACUAUCUCAUGUAAUAUAUGGAACAAUCACAAAGUGUUGCACAGUAGCAUUAUCAAUCAAAGGUUGUACAGUAAGCCAGAAAAUGCAUGUCAGGGAAGGUGAAUCAAGGCUUGGACUAAAAGAAAAUGUUUAAAAACCUCCAGGAAGAGAGAGGUGAAGAUGUAGAAAGAUUAAAGGAGGAAAUUCCAGUGACUGGGCACAGAUACCAGUGAUGCAGCAUUUAAGUUCCACAUUGAGUAAGCAAGUAGAAUUAGAGGACCGCAUACAUUUUCCAGGAUUAUACAUCUGUGUGCGAUUAGAGAUAUGGAUGAGGAAUAGGAAAUAAGAAAGGAAAUUUUGAAAUGUUGCCAUUGUUUAACUGGGAACCAGCACAUGUCAGUGUGCAUCUGAGUGAUGGGCAGUGGAAUUUGGGAUGUCUCUGAGGGUAGAACAAGGGAGUCAGACAGGAGGCCAUGAGUCAGGCAAGUUUAAAAUGAAACAGAAGACAAAUAAAACAUCAAAGUUCAGUUUGGUUCUAUCUAUGUGAAUACAUAACAUCAGAAUAGAGCAGAUACCAGCGCUCAGCUGCACUUUCCAUAGGCUGGAGAUAGAAAAUUAGAUCAGAGAACUAUCUUUUAGACUCAUUUCUUGGUCAUUAGUCCAACAAGAUUAGGAUUUUUUUUUAAUGUCACUCUCACUUGCCAGGCUUUGCCCCAUCCCCAUCUCUCUUUCUAGGUUUCCAUCCCCUACUCCAAUCAGUCUGAAGAAGGGUCCCAACCCGAAACAUUGUGUCCAUCAUCAGUUGCCUUUAAUUAAUUGACAUUGCCGACUGCAGUCAUCUUUCUUGGUGAUUUACAUCCCAAUUCUAAUUUCUAUAGAAUGUAAACCUUUAACACAAUGACCCUCCUUGCUUAUAACUUGACUCUCUGAUAUUUAGUUUCCAUGGAUAAUUUCACCUUUAAGGCAGAGCACAUGUUUAAACACAUUUCAAAUUGAAUUAAUUGAAACAUAAAUCAACUUAAAAGAAGACAGAACUAGAGCAGAUAUAUCUCCAAUGAUGGUCAGAGAACAUGGAUUUGAAAGGGCUUCCACACUACCGGCUAAUUUAUCUUGUUCAAUGAACUUUGAAUAAGGCCUUUGGCUCAUCAGUAUUACAUAUUAUUGAUCGUUGUUAGCUUUUUAUGUUCUGCCUUUGUGUAAAAUC